UCAAAGUCUGAACAAAAAAGGGUGAAAGCCUGAGCGAGGAGGGGCGAGUCGCGAAUGGGGUUGCUAGCUGCGAAAUCUGACAUAAGGGAGCAAUAGCGAAUAAUGAAUUGACUGUUUUCGGUCAGUGCUUCUUGAAAGAGUUCAAUCUACGACGAGUUAUACGAUUUAAAUAGUUGUUUUUAUUAUUCCGAGCCAUGGAGGACGACCUGCCGACCGAAUACGAUGUUGUCGUCGUGGGCACAGGAAUGACCGAAUCCAUCGUCGCCGCGGCGGCUAGCAGGAUCGGAAAAAGGGUUCUACACCUUGAUAGCAAUGAAUACUACGGCGGUCUUUGGGCUACAUUUAAUUUCGAUGGUCUACAAAAAUGGAUAGAAGAUCUGAAAUCUCCCAAACAGAACGGGGCAGAUGCCGCUGCAUUGCUUCAAGCUGAUGAGAAAUUUUUAAAAGCUAGCAACCAAUAUUCCACUGUUGAAAAUAUCAUUGAAAAAUGGUUCAUUUCCAAUGAUGCAGACCUGCCAGUAGUGUCCACGAAGGAUACACAAACUGAUGGCUCUGGAGAUGCCGCAGCCAACGACGGAGCGGAAAAAUCUGACGAAGAUAAAAGUGAAAAAAAAGAAACUGUCAAACAAUGGAGCAUCGAUCGGAUCAAAAAGGAAUACCGAAAAUUUAACAUCGACUUGGCACCAAAGCUACUGUUUGCUCGCGGUGAACUGGUAGAACUUUUAAUCUCUAGCAACAUUGCCCGAUAUGCAGAGUUCAGAGCUGUUUCUCGAGUUGCUACCUAUAUGGAUGGCAAGCUCACCCAAGUUCCGUGUUCAAGAGCAGAUGUUUUUGCCAAUAAAACUGUGAGUGUUGUGGAAAAGAGAAUGCUGAUGCAACUGCUGACGUCGUGCAUGGAACAAGGAGCGGACAGUCCUGAAUUCAAUGGUUUCCAGGACAAAACAUUCCUAGAGUAUCUUGAUACGAAAAAGCUUACCCCCAUGGUACGACACUAUGUGAUGCAAGCCAUAGCAAUGGCCACUGAUAAAACUUCCACAAGAGAUGGAGUCAAUCGUACUAAACAUUUCCUAAACAGCCUUGGCCGCUAUGGAAAUACACCUUUUCUUUGGCCCAUGUAUGGAAGCGGUGAAUUGCCUCAAUGCUUUUGUCGUCUGUGCGCCGUUUUUGGCGGCGUGUAUUGCCUGAAGAGACAACUAGACGGCAUCGUAGUCGGGGAUGGAAAAUGCAAGGCUAUUAUAACUGGAAAGCAAAGACUGGCUUUGGAGCAUUUGGUAGUUGGACAAGGGCACCUACCACCAGAAAUUGUAUCAUCCAGUGGAGAGCAACAGAUAUCUCGUGGAAUUUUUAUUACCGACAGAUCCAUUAUGCAGGGGGAAAAGGAGAACUUAACACUGCUCUAUUAUCCUCCAGAAGAAACUGGCCAAGAAGCCGUAACUUUAAUCGAACUUGGACCGUCAACAAACGCGUGCCCUCAAGGACUUUUUAUGGUACAUGUGACGUGCAAGAGAACCAAGACAGCUGAGGAAGAUCUGGCGUACGUGACUAAGAAAUUCCUGCGUGCCGAGGUACUUGAUCCUAACGUCACUCGAAAUGCCACCGAUUCUCACACUCAGACUGUAUCUCCCGACAAGAGACAUCUCCAGGAAGGUUCUAGCGAGACCAAAGAUGACAGCCUGGAAAGUCCUAAACCACAAGUUCUCUGGUCAUUGUACUUGAAUUUGCCAGCAAGUGAUAUUAAACUCAGCGAUUCUGCUCCUAACAACGUGCACCUCUGUUCUGGGCCUGACUUGGACCUGGACUUCGACUUUGCUGUGAAUCAGGCCAAAGCGAUAUUCAAGGCCAUGUAUCCCGACGAAGAUUUUCUACCUCGUGCCCCAGAUCCUGAGGAAAUAGUAUUAGAAGGUGAGGAGGCUCCCGGGCCACAAUUUGAGGGAGACAAGCCAGAAGACGGAGAAGAGAAACAAGAUGUUGAGAAAACAGAAAAAGAAGAAUGAAGGAAAUUCCAUUUAUCGUGAUACAUGAUACUAGCACGUAUUAAGGUGAGAAAUUGAAAAGAUUGCAACAGAAAAGGAUAAAAUCUAAAUCUAAACAUGAAUAACUGAAUGAACCUGUAAUCGGCAAAAGUCUCAUGUAUGAUUUCGUACAAUAUUAUUGAACAAAAUUCACCUAAGAGUAUAUCUGAGAAGGGGUACGUCAUAGAAUUUGCUGAAAUUUCGGGAGCAAGCAGAAAAUAACCAAGAUAUUGUCUUGAUACACAGCCACUAGAUUACCAAAUACAUAUUAUUCACCCAGAAAUUGAACAAUUUUGUGAAUGUAAACAUUUGUGAUAUUACUAUAUUAACGUUGAAUAAAUUUCCGGGUAUAGCAAUGGGCUGUGAUAUUUUCACGUGUUAUUUGAUCGUACGUCAAUGAACAAGAUGCUACAUACAAGACGAAUGAGCCUGAUCCAGAUUUCUGCUGUUGAACACUUCCCUUUUAUACUCUUAGGCGACAGUGUGAAUUCCAUUGCUAUGGCACCACACAUUUCAAUUCACAUUUGACAAUUUAUCAGCAAUAGUUGUGCAACUAUGUUAUUUUACCUAGAGAAGUCUAGCUUGAUUUUCUUCCGUUUGUAAGAUUGUAUCUUCAACAGCUAUAUUGACUUAGCAAAGUGAUAAAGGUUACUCCUUCCACGUAUGGAUGAAUAUAAGGCUAACAACUCAAGUAGAAAACUGAGGCCGAGCUUUAAAAUUGCUAACGAUAAGGCAUAAAUAAUUUCUACGCAUUUAAGUUAUUAAAAAAAAAUGAAUAUUUAAAGAUGCGUUGAUAAAUUUCAUGUUUGCUCGAUUCAAUAUUACGAAUGCACUAGUUCCAUCUGUUUUAACAUAAUGCUUUUAAAUAUACUCUCAAAGGUCUAAGAAUACCAAUUGCCAAUAGUUCAUAAUUAUUAACUUAUCGAAAAGAAAAAAAUUCCCGAAGAUACUGCAA